GGAAUCUUCCCCAACAUGCUUGGAAACUUCAGUUUUCCAAUGGAUUUCAUUUCCAGCCACUACUUUCAAUCACUCUCUUCGCCUCUGAAUUUUGCUUCCAUGGUUAUGGGAUUACACUCCAUCAUCAUCUCGUCCGCCUUAUUCUGCCCCAAAAGCCACGAACGACGCCUGCAAACUUUUCCACGAUCGCCAUCUCCAUGUUCAAGGAUCAUUCGACGAAUCUUCGACAGAUCGAAGAACAGCUCCAACCGUCGCUUACUCUGCUUCAAGCAGAAAGAGGAAAGCCUACAAUCAAGAGAAGAGCUACAGCCUGUUAGGGCUUCUGAGAAGAAAGGAACUGUAGCAGGAGCCAUGGCUCUCGUAAUUGGUACCAGCAUUGGAUCAGGGAUUCUUGCACUUCCAGAGAAAGCAUCUCCGGCUGGAUUUUUUCCCAGUUCGAUUACUAUAAUACUAUGUUGGGGCUUUCUUCUAUUAGAAGCGCUCCUGCUGAUUGAAAUUAAUGUGGUUCUGUGGAGGAGGAGGAAGAAGAAGAAGAAGGAAGAGGGAGAGACGGGGAUGGAGGUGAUCUCCGUAAGGACUAUGGUGCAGGAGACGCUAGGGGACUGCGGUGGAACCCUGGCCAGUGUUGCCUAUGUUUUCUUGGGCUACACUUCCAUGGUUGCCUAUAUUUCCAAGUCCGGAGAGAUUCUUCUCCAUUCUUUCAAUCUUCCAACUCCACUUUCAGGCUUCCUCUUCACUUUAACUUUUACUAUGCUCAUUUCCGUUGGUAGGACCAUAGCCAUUGAUCAAGUCAACCAAUGGCUUACCGCCUGUAUGAUAGGUUUAUUACUUGGAAUUGAGGUGUUAGCUGUUCAAAGUGGAGGAUGGUUUGCAAUGGAAGGUGGAGGAGACUGGGGAAAGGCCCCAACCACAAUACCUGUUAUUAUCUUUGCUUUGGUAUACCACGAUGUAAUACCAGUUCUUUGUGCUUAUUUGGAAGGUGACCUUCACCGCCUAAGAGUUUCAGUUUUGCUUGGUAGCUUCAUUCCAUUGCUAGCAUUGCUCAUCUGGGAUGCGAUUGCGCUUGGCUUGUCAGCGCAAGCUGAUCAAGUAGUUGACCCUGUUGAAUUGCUCCUAAGAGUGAGAUGGAGUGGAGUUUCUUACAUGGUAGAAUGGUUCUCACUUCUUGCUGUUGGAACAUCCAUGCUUGGAACUUUGCUAAGCUUCUCUGAGUUUUUCAAGGAGCAACUCAGCAAUAUUUCAUUGAAUUUCUCUAUAACAAAGACUGUGCAAGAACCAUUCAAGUUCUGCUUAACAAGGAAAUGGUGGGAAAUGAAUAAAGUUAGUCUCACUGCCAUGGCAAUUGCUGUUGGUCCUUCUCUCCUUGUGUCCACUGCUAAUCCAGAUUCAUUCUCUGCUGCCACGGAUAUUGCAGGAGGAUACUGCAUGACACUGUUGUAUGGAGUUCUCCCCCCAGCAAUGGCAUGGGCAAUGCACAAUGGGCAACCUGAGGACACCAACUCCAAGGCAAUAUUGUGGGAGAGGCCGGCACUUCUUGGGCUAGGUUUAUUUGCCUGUGGUAUAAUGGUGGAGCAAGUUCUUCAGGAUAUUCUGAAAUUGCAAUCCUAGCAAGAAAAGGUUACAGAUACGUGCAGACUGAAGUUGAACUAAACUUGCUGCAAACGUUGAAGAAGACGAGUAACUUGGUUGGUUUGCAGACAAUCUUGUUAUUAUUACAUGAUUGAAGUAUCUGCAGGAAAAAUAGCGUACCCGAGGAGCGAAAGCUGUGCCGAGUUUUCGACAGCGAGACCAUAGUAUGCCUCAGGCCAAGGAUCAGA